CUGUACUAUUCAAGAAGAACACAAGCAAACCAGGAGAAUGAAGUUCAGUUCGGCUUUUUUGGCUCUCGGGGUUUUGGCCCUCUCUGGUGCCGGUACGGCGCUGAAAAUCGGCGCCUUUAACAUUCAGACCUUCGGUAGGAGUAAGAUGUCCAAGCCUGAAGUCGUGGAAAUCCUGCUUACGAUUGCAGAGCGGUAUGACAUCUUACUGAUCCAAGGGAUUCGGGACAGCACGGAAACCGCCAUUUACGACUUUCUGAACCAGCUUAAUGGCCGUGACGGAAACAACUACACCUUGCUGUUGAGCCCCCGUAUGGGGAGGUCUUCCUACAAGGAGCAGUACGGCUAUCUCUACAGGAACGACAAGCCGAAUGUCGUGGAAGACUACCACUAUAGCGACCCUGGAGACAUCUUCCACAGGGAACCCUUCGUCGUCCGGUUCCAGUCAGGAACUACCUCCGUCCAAGACUUCGUGCUGAUCCCCCUGCACGCCGACCCCCAGGACGCAGUGGCGGAAAUAAAUCGACUGUACAACGUGUACCUGGAUGCCGUGGACCGCUGGGGUAUCAAUGACGUCAUCAUCUUGGGGGAUCUCAACGCCGACUGCAGCUACGUGAAAAGCGCUGAUUGGUCGAACAUUCGAAUCUGGACGGACAAACGGUUCGAAUGGCUGAUCGGGAACGAGGCUGACACAACCGUCAAAGACAGCUCCGACUGUGCUUAUGACCGAUUAGUCAUUGCUGGUUCUCAGCUCCAGGCGUCUGUUGUGAACUACGGCGUGUUCAACUACAAGGAAGAGUACGACCUGUCUCAAGAUGAGACGGAGGCAGUGAGUGACCACUAUCCAGUGGAGAUGACCAUCGCCUAG